CCCUGGCCAAACUGCAUCCACGGGAAUUAUCGGGGCUUCUAAAGAUGGACAGGCAAACAUUUGCAACAGGGUCUGAAGGGGAAGUUGUUAGCUACGGAGACGGGGCUGUGGGUUAUGGUCCCGCAAGUGAGGAAACUCGAAGGCUUGAUUGUGCGGAAGAGCCUCCGGACUGUGUUUUGGGAAAAGGGAAAACUACACAUUUAGCAAAGAAACGGAAUACUGACCAGCUGCGUUUCAAGAAAUCGUUUGACAAGGGACCGACGCAUGAAGAAAGCGACGGUACUGUUAGCAGCGACAAAGUUUUCAACCUCAGAAUUAACGAUAAGAAACACGGCAAUGGUUGGAAUACUGUCCAUUUUUUUACUCCUGCCAGUCGCGACGAAAAGUCUGCUGGUUACCAGCGCCGGAUUCGAAGGAGCAGUCAGGGACUUGGAGAAAAAAAUGAACGAGUAAAACCGUCUAGUUCAUCCGAAAACAAAGGUUCGUUGCCACUGAGUCACCACCAAGAGCGCAGCGCAUCACUCCCUGGGCACAGGUUCACUCGGUCAGAAUUAAGAUGGAACAGUGAAGAUAGAAGGAUGGCCAGUUCAAGGCAGGACGACUUGAAACUUAUCAGUUCCACCUUCGCAUUGGCCGGGGAUUCUGCUCACAACCAAGCGAUGGUGCACUGGUCUGGGCAAAAUAGCAGCGUGAUUCUCAUGCUGACCAAGCUGUAUGACUUCAACCUGGGCAGUGUCACAGAGAGCUCUCUUUGGAGGUCAACAGACUACGGAACGACAUACGAGAAACUUAACGAGAAAGUGGGAGCAAAAACCGUUCUGAGCUACUUGUAUGUCAGCCCCAAUAACAAGAGAAAGAUCAUGCUGCUGACGGACUCGGAGAUUGAGAGCAGCCUAUUGAUCAGCUCGGAUGAGGGUGCCACCUAUCAGAAGUACCGGCUGAAUUUCUACAUCCUGAGCCUGCUCUUUCACCCCCAGCAGGAAGACUGGAUCCUGGCGUAUAGCCACGACCUGAAGCUCUAUAGUUCCGUGGAGUUUGGACGAAGAUGGCAACUUGUACAUGAGAGAGUGGCUCCCAACCGCUUCUACUGGUCAAAAUUGGGAUUGGACAAAGAACCUGGAUUAAUUCACCUGGAAACCAGUAUUACUGAAGGGCAAGCUCAGUAUGUGACCUGCAAACUCCAGAACUGCACUGAGUCCAACAAAGGAAAGCCUUUCCCGGGAUACAUUGACCCCAAUUCCCUUGUGGUUCAAGAUGAGUAUGUGUUUGUUCAGGUGUCAACGGGUGGCCGGCCGGUCUACUACGUGUCGUACAAAAGAGACGUGUUUGCUCCCAUGAAGCUACCAAAGUACACUUUGCCUAAGGACUGGCACGUGAUCAGCACUGACGAGAACCGAGUGGUGGCGGCCGUGCAGGAGUGGAACCAGAACGACACGUAUAACCUGUACGUGUCCGAGCCACGCGGGGUCUUCUUCACGCUGGCCCUGGAGAGCGUGGUCAGCAGCAUGGGGCUGGAGGGGAACGUCAUGAUCGAUCUCUACGAGGUAGCAGGGAUAAAAGGAAUGUUCCUGGCAAACAAAAAGGUGGAUAACCAAGUGAAGACCUACAUCACCUACAACAAAGGCAGAGACUGGCGUCUGUUACAGGCUCCAGCCACUGACCUGAGAGGCAACAGCAUCCAUUGUGUACUGCCGUACUGUUCCCUGCAUCUACACCUCCAUGUAUCAGACAAUCCUUACACGUCCGGAAACAUCGCCAGCAGAGAGUCUGCCCCCGGAAUCAUCGUGGCCUCAGGGUGCAUCGGUUCUGAGCUGACCACCACUAACGUCAGCAUGUUCAUAACGUCAGACGCCGGGAAUACCUGGAGACAGAUUUUCGAUGAAGAGUACAGUGUGCUCUAUCUGGAUCAAGGUGGUGCUCUAGUGGCAAUUAGACACACUCCGCUGCCCAUCCGACACCUCUGGCUCAGCUUCGAUGAAGGGAGGCAGUGGAGCAAGUACAGCUUCACCUCCACCCCCCUGUUUGUGGACGGAGUUCUGGGGGAGCCUGGGGAGGAAACCCUCAUCAUGACAAUCUUCGGACAUUUCAGUCAUCGGUCUGAGUGGCAGCUUGUCAAAAUUGACUUCAGGUCCAUUUUCAACAGAAGAUGUACAGAGGGGGAUUAUCAGACCUGGCACCUGCACAACCAGGGUGAGCCGUGCAUCAUGGGAGUGAAAAGAAUCUACAAGAAAUUGAAACCCAUCGCCAGAUGUGUAAUGGGCAAGGAUUACUCCGUCGCCAUGACGUCCGAACCAUGUGACUGCACAGAGUCGGACUUUGAAUGUGACUAUGGGUACGAGAGGCAGAGAGACGGCAGGUGUGCCCCCGCCUUUUGGUUUGCUCCAUCUUCCAUGUCCAGAAGCUGCACCAUUGGAAACAGCUUCCUCAACAGUACGGGGUACAGGAAGGUUGUGUCCAAUAACUGUACGGCUGGAGUAAUGGAGGAGUACACGGCCAGGAAGCAGCCCUGCCCUAAUCGAGCCCCUCGAGGGCUCCAUCUCGUCACCAGCGAAGGCCGGCUGACAGCCACUCUGGGCAGCAAUGUCACAUUCCUGGUCUUUCUGGAGGAGGGCGACGGCUCGCGGACGAGCAUCACGCUGGACUUCGGCGACGGCAACACGGUGACGUACUCAAACGUGAGCUCGAUCGAGGACGGCAUCAAGCACGUCUACAAGAGCGUGGGGAUAUACAAGGUCUCCGCCACCGGGGAGAACAGCCUGGGGUCGGACAGCGUGCUCCUCUACCUACACGUCACAUGUCCACUGGAGCACGUCCAUCUCUCCGUUCCCUUCGUGGCGGUGAAGAAUAAAGAGGUCAAUCUCACCGCCGUCCUCUGGCCCAGUCAAGUGGGAACUGUCACGUACAUCUGGUGGUUCGGAAAUAACUCAGAGCCAGUGAUCAGCCUGGAGGGAAGUGUAGCAUUCACUUUCUCCAGGGAGGGAGUCAGCACUGUCACAGUGCAGGUGUCUGCUGGGAGCUCCAUCCUGCAAGACCGCAAAACCGUCGCUGUGCACGAAUAUUUCAGGUCACAUCUCUUGGCUUUUUCUUCAAAUUUGGACGAGCACAAUCCCGAUGUCACGGAAUGGCGACUGGACGUCAGCAGAGUGAUCAAGAACUCCAUGAUCCACGCCACCGGGGUCAGAGAAGACCAGCUCCUGGUCACAGUCCUGCCUGGUCUCCCCACAGCAGCCGAGUUCUUCCUGCUGCCGGAUAAGGAGUUUACGGAAGGCAAGCUGGACACCACUAUGACACAUUUAGAUCAGCUUUCUGAAGUCCUGCUCAGCGCCCUUAAUCAAAAUCUUGUACAGUUCACUCUCCGGCCUGGGGUUCAAGUCACUGUCUACGCUGCGCAUUUGUCAGCGGCGCCCCUGGUGGACACCAGUGAAAAUCACAGUGGUUCUGCGAUGCUCAUGCUGUUAUCUGUAGUCGUUUUGGGUUUAGCAAUCUUCGUCAUCUAUAAAUUCAAAAGGAAGAUCCCAGGCCUCAAUGUCUAUGCGCAAAUGCAGAACGAAAAAGAACAAGAAGUGAUAAGUCCAGUAAGUCCCAUGGAGAACGCUCCGAACUCUCAGCGGGAAUUGGUGACCUCCCUGGAGCUUCUGGACACAACGUUGGACACACAGGCUAUAGGAUGCAUUAAACCUCACACGAAUAUCACAUUUUCAACGGAAAUCCCCACAUACGUCAGCGUUUAAAACUCUGGAACCCAAACGGUCGAUACAGUCGUGUUUUUGGACUUGAAACCCAUUCAGACACAAAGGUUUUUAGCUUUAUACCUGUGCAUGUUGGACGUGUCUGACACAAACCGUGCUCUGUGGAUACCAGAAUAAACUGUGUACAGGUUUUUAUAUGUCUCUCUCUAAUGAAUACAAACAUUUUGAUUACAUUUAUUUAUAUAAAAUACAAUACAUAUGAUACUACUUUAGGGGGAAAGACCUGCAUGUAAACAUAAACCAUGUGGUUUGCUAAAAUGGCUUUUACAUAAUUUUGCUUUAUUUUAAUGCUAACAAGAGUGAUACAUUAUUUAUUCAUGAGGAUAUAUUUAAUUUAAAAAAUUCAUAUUUUUUGUAAAUCAUGAAUGUGACAUACUGUAUGUACGAGUUUUAACAUAAACUAAACUGAAAUAUUAUAUUUGAAUGAAAGACCUGUGAACGAAAGGGAGAUAUUUUAGUCUGUAUUUUCUUGGCAAAAAGAUAUUGCACAAUGCAUAAUUAAUUUCUUUGGUUUGUUUUUACUUUUCAAAAUGGGUUUGUAACAAUGCACAUAAUGAUAGAAGCAGGGUUAGCUGUUAUUGGUUUGAUGUAAUUUUCUUUGAAUUAUGCUGUAUUGCUCUGUCUGCAAAAACAUAUAUUUAUGAUAAACACUUUGAAAACUGUAUAAAAUAUUAUUGUAUACUGUAACCACAACUCUUGGAGGGGUAUAACGAGAUAAAUCAAUUCAAGAACUAAAAAAACAACCGCAUAAUAGGGUUGGGCUGAUAUCCGGUAUACUGUGGUAUAUAAUACCUAUGGUGUUAUUUCAAUACUGUCCAGACCGUGAAUGCACCGUUUUUAGAGUGCAUGUGUUAACAAGCAUUCCUUUAAACAGCAUCUCUUAGUUAAGCACUGCCACUGUUUUCAGAAAUUGCGUUGUGAUACACACGGCCAAGAGAUGUCUGCGGGGAAACGAAUAUCAGUAUGCUACAAGUGAUCCGCCUCCCUAAAAGAUUAGACUGUAGUAGAGAAGUAAGACUGUGGCUUAAGCUUUGGCUUCCAAAAUAAGAGUCAGCCCCAGCCUGGCAGUAUACCACAUUAUCAGGAAAAACCGAAGGAUUUGAAUGGGAUGAUCUGCAAUGCUGAUGUCCAAGGAAGGCAACACAGGAAAUUAAAUCCAUACCUUCUGUUUUGUUCCAUUGACAUCCAGGGUGACCAGACAUCCUGUGUUUUGGUCUUUGGUUAAAGGAUACACAGUGUUAUUUUAAUCUCAAAACAAUGUCAUUUUUUAUUUUUUUCAUACAGAAUUCAUAUCCAUUUGAGUCAUUGUCCUGGGCCCUCUUAUCGUGAUAGAUGGAGUUUCUAUGGGAAACUGCUACUCUGCUGCAGCAAUGUGCUAUUUGCACCAACCGAGCAUUCAAAUCAAUCCUCUAGCUAAAAAGAUCAUGUCACUAGUGAGCAAUAUAUAUUUACUGUAGUUAUCUAGCUAUAAGAAUGGUUCUUCAUCAGGGAAAUAGACUGAGCUAAAAUGAAACUGAAAACUGUCGCUACAGUAGCCUGUAAAACAUGGACUGGAAUAUGCAGCCUACUCAUGGGUGUGCCAGAUACAGUGCACAUGAACAAGAAUCUUUCCCACAGAGGGAAGGGGAUUCGGAGUGUCACCAUAAAGCUUUCAUGCAUGAAUAGCCAAACAUAUCAACUGCCGCAUUUCGUCUGAAAACCCCCUGUACCAAUGCAAAAGCAAGCCUUCUUUGGAAAUGUUUACGAUAUCAUAGACCGGGGAUCGUCAAAUCUGGCCCUCGAAUCCAUAUCCGGUCCUGGUUUUCUUUCCUCCCAGGUAAUUAGCUGAACAAUUAGCGCUACAGAUUGGCAAGACUGUCUUCACACCUGACUCCUAGGUGAAGAGACAGUGAGAAAGCAGCAGUUCUCAGCCCUGAAGGACCGCGGUUUGAGGAGCAGGGACAUAGGCAUAUGUAAAUGUUGUGAAUUAUAAGCAGUUGGUAAAGCGAGAAGCGUGUUAACAUGCUGACAUUUCAGUUGUUACUAAUGAAAUGGUAAACCUGAAUACCGUGCUGCUUAUCAAUGAUGGUAUGACGGUGUGAAAGACUGGAUACUGCCCAACCCUACCGGAUAACUGUAUUUUUUUAUUGUUUCACCCAUGCAUAUGUAUAUUUACAUUUAAUUGUUUUUUCUGUCCGUUCUAUUUUAAUAUGUUAUUUGAAAAAAACCCAGACAUUUCUGUGCCACCUUUUUAUUUAUUUGUUUUUCUUUCUUUUUUUAAAUGUACCUCCCUUGCCUGCAGUCUUCUUUAGAAAACAGAUAAACCACGAGGGAUUAUCAAGUCUUUGAAAGAUCAUGGAUAUUUCCUUGUUUAUCUAUCUUCAGAAAUCUGUUUCAUAUUAGCAUUUUGCUAUUAUUUUUGUCCUGAAGCUGUAUGAAUCAGGCAGCAAAUUCAAAAGAAUUCAUAUGAGGCUUUCUAUCUCAUAGCUGACACCAAGCUUAUAUUUGUUCCCAUAAUGUACUAUACUGCUAAACCCCUGUCUCUGAACACUCUAGUUUCCACCGCACACAUUUCAAGCUAAAUCUAAUUAAUAACUCAGUUUGAUGGCUGGCACAAAACAUAUUUUCGUUAACUCUAAAGAUUUCAACGUGGUGAGACUGAAUGUAGACCAUUUCCUAUAAACCAUAGAAUCAAAUGUAUAGAGGUCUGUGAGCAUGUUUAAAAUGGACCUUUUUUAUGAUCAGUGUUUUGCUUUUCUCCCACUGCACCAUGACCCGAUUCACCCAGGUAUUGUUAGGGCCAGGAAUCAGAAGACAUGAGAGGUAAACCAUCUUUCAGGUGCAUGGUUUCAGGGUCAGUACCGUGGGGAUUUUGUUGGCCCUCCACCCAGAGAAUCCACAGUAACCACUGCUCUGCAGACGGAUCCAUUCUUCAGUGGCCAUCUAAAGGCGCUGUAGACUGAAGAAACGACUAAACGACCAAGCUCGUCAAUCAAACAUGACGGAACAGAAAUGUGUACAGUAAAAAAACAACAUUAUGUCAUUCCUUCACAGACAUACUGAGCACACGCAAACUUUUCUUUUGAUUGAUUGUCAAAAAUGACGAUAAAACAAAAGACAAAUUUACCGUGCAAAGGUUACAGAUAUGGAAUAUGCUGACUAUUUACUUUGGAGACGAGUUAUGAACUCCACCUGGCAUAUUGUAUGCUUUAUGAUCUGGUAAAUACCAGUGGCGAAAUAUCAAAAUUAUGUUCCAAAGGAAUAAAAUGCAAAAUAUUGCAACCGGGCUGAGAUCAAUUUUCUCCUGCCUUUGAAUUGAAAAUGUAGGAAAUACACACAGAACCUUUCAUAUUAUUUGUUGAAAGCUGUUCUGUGGCGCAGAAGUGAGAGAAAAGAAGAUUGGCGUGCAUGUUAAAACACAUCACAUGACUGAGGCAAAGGAAAGCAUACGAAUAUGAGCUGGUCUGAGUUACCUAUCCCUCCACCCUGGUUAGUGAGCUUAUUUUUGUAGAGGACAAAGUUUUAUUACUGUAAAGCUUUUAUAUAAAACAGAUUUUAGAUGUGUAGUCUUUUGUUGAAAUACAACUCUGUUCCAUGUGCAAUUGUUUCUGUUUCCUGCAUUUGCAAUCAUAUUUAUUAAAUGGAACAAAUGAUAA